GCUCCUCUUUCCAACUAACUCUGUUACAAGCACACACAGCUACGUCCCCUUAUUUCUCUUCUCAAUUGGAUCUGAUCUAUCUCCUACCAUGAGUUCCGGCUCAUCCGCAGGCGGUGAGGUUCCGGGCACGGGAUCCGCCACCAAGGGAUCUCCAACGCCAUCGUCCGAUGACAAGCAGAAUGAAAAGGCUAGGGUCAGCAGGACCUCGCUCAUCCUGUGGCACGCUCACCAGAAUGACGCUACUGCAGUCCGCAAGCUCCUGGACGAAGAUCCGUAUCUCGUCCAUGCCAGGGACUACGACAACCGCACGCCUCUCCAUGUGGCGUCUCUCCAUGGAUGGAUCGACGUUGCCAAGUGCCUGAUUGAGUUUGGUGCCGAUGUCAACGCCCAGGACCGCUGGAAGAACACGCCUCUAGCUGAUGCAGAAGGAGCUAAAAAACCAAACAUGAUUGAGCUUUUAAAAUCAUACGGUGGAUUGUCUUAUGGACAUCCUGUUAUGGGCCAAACUGGAAGCCAUUUUGAACCAAAGCCUGUCCUGCCUCCUCUGCCAAACAAGUGUGACUGGGAAAUUGACCCUUCUGAGCUGGACUUCUCAAACUCAAGUAUUAUUGGAAAGGGAUCAUUCGGUGAGAUUUUAAAGGCUUAUUGGCGAGGAACACCAGUAGCUGUCAAACGCAUUCUUCCAUCACUCUCAGAUGACAGACUGGUGAUCCAGGAUUUCCGGCAUGAAGUAAAUUUGCUUGUGAAGCUUCGACAUCCUAAUGUAGUCCAGUUUCUGGGUGCUGUCACUGAGAAGAAGCCACUAAUGCUAAUAACUGAGUAUUUGAGAGGGGGUGAUCUUCAUCAGCACCUCAAGGAAAAGAGUGCACUUAGUCCAUCCACAGCCAUUAACUUUGCAUUAGACAUUGCCAGGGGCAUGGCUUAUCUUCACAAUGAACCAAAUGUCAUAAUUCACCGAGAUCUAAAACCCAGGAAUGUACUUUUGGUGAACUCUAGUGCAGACCAUUUGAAAGUUGGAGACUUUGGACUAAGCAAGCUUAUCAAGGUUCAGAAUUCUCAUGAUGUCUACAAACUGACUGGAGAGACUGGGAGUUACCGUUAUAUGGCUCCUGAAGUUUUCAAGCACAGGAGAUAUGAUAAGAAAGUUGAUGUUUUCUCUUUUGCAAUGAUCCUUUAUGAGAUGCUUGAAGGAGAACCUCCAUUCUCUAGUUAUGAGCCUUAUGAAGCAGCUAAGUAUGUGGCAGAUGGACACAGGCCAAUUUUCCGUACAAAAUCAUGCCUCCCUGAACUAAGAGACUUGACAGAAAAGUGUUGGGCUGCUGACAUGAACCAAAGACCUUCUUUCUUGGAGAUUCUCAAGAAGCUUGAAAAGAUCAAGGAAACUUUACCGUCAGAUCACCAUUGGAACAUAUUCAAUUCAUAAUGUUCAAGAUCAUGAAACUGAUGAUCUGCGUGCUGCUUCCACCAGUCGCCCCCUGCCGUCCAACUUGUGCAGAGACCGUUGUGUAUACACUCCCCUGAUUAGCUUGUGAUAAAAUAUUGUAGACUAGCUUACACUAUUCUUUCCAAAUUCUAAUCUUGAAUGGAGUAGGUAUUUCAACAUCUGAAUAUUCAAGGUCAUAAAAAUCAACACAAAAAUGUUCCUUAUUCUUAAAUUGUAAUUCCUAAUGGUCUCAAGUGAUUAUUAGGGACAAGAAUUUUUUUUUUCUUCUUUUGUCUUUUAGGACUUAUUUGGAAAUGGAUGAUGAACAAAGUUUGUUUUGAGCC